ACAAUCGUCUGAGUUGUAAUUUGGUGCUGCAACAGUAACCAUUCAGUUCUUAGUGAAAGUCUGAAGUAGUUCGUCUAACAAACGAUUUUCUUCAGUCUUAGCACACGUACUACACAAGUUCAAGUACAAUUUUUUAUAAAGUUACCAAUAAAACUUUGCCAAAAAAGGAACAAUGGCAGCAUUCGUGGAGCCACACUAUGAAGCCUGGCAGUCGGGUGGCGGCAAUAUGACCGUUGUCGACAAGGUUUCUCCUGAAAUUCUCCAUCUAGUGCACCCGCACUGGAACCAGUUUCCACCGAUGAAUCCACUGUGGCACUCAAUCCUGGGAUUUGCCAUCUUCUGCCUCGGAAUCGUAUCGAUGGCCGGCAACGGUUGCGUGAUGUACAUCUUCACAACCACCAAAUCACUCCGCACCCCAUCCAACUUACUGGUGGUCAAUUUGGCCUUCUCGGAUUUCUUUAUGAUGUUUACGAUGUCACCGCCGAUGGUAAUCAACUGCUACCAUGAGACUUGGUCUUUCAGCGCCUUCGCUUGCGAACUGUACGCCAUGUUCGGUUCAAUCUUCGGCUGUGCAUCGAUCUGGACAAUGACAAUGAUUGCGUUUGACCGAUACAAUGUCAUCGUGAAAGGUUUGUCAGCGAAGCCCAUGACCAACAAUGGCGCUCUGUUGAGAAUCCUUGGAAUCUGGCUGUUCUCGUUGAUCUGGACCUUGGCUCCAAUGUUUGGAUGGAACCGAUAUGUCCCGGAAGGAAACAUGACUGCCUGUGGAACUGAUUACCUGACCAAGGACUGGCUCAGCCGAUCGUACAUCCUGGUCUACGCCGUUUUCUGCUACUGGCUGCCACUGUUCACCAUCAUCUACUCGUACUACUUCAUCCUGAAGGCUGUAUCCGCCCACGAGAAACAGAUGCGUGAGCAGGCCAAGAAGAUGAACGUCGCUUCGCUGCGAUCCUCGGAGGCUCAACAAACCAGCGCUGAAAUCAAGUUGGCUAAGGUAGCUCUGGUCACCAUCUCUCUGUGGUUCAUGGCAUGGACUCCGUACUUGGUCAUCAACUUUACUGGAGUCUUAGGAACUGCCAAGUUGAGCCCUCUGGCCACUAUCUGGGGAUCGGUCUUCGCCAAGGCCAAUGCCGUCUACAAUCCGAUUGUUUACGGUAUCAGCCAUCCGAAAUACCGCGCUGCUCUGUACAAGACCUUCCCGUCGCUUUCCUGCCAGGACGACCACUCGAACCAUGGUCCAGCUGAUUCUCAGUCGGUUGUAUCAGAUGCUACGAAUGCAUCCGAUGAAAAGGCUUAAGCAGUUGAAUUUCUGAUGAUGAUGGACGACAAAUGACAGAAACCUUACAAUAGUUAGAAAAAUAAAGCAAAUUUUGAAGCAAGCAAGAUUAA